AUGCGUGGGCCAGUUGGGAGGUACAGCCACUUCACUUGUAAGAGGCCCAGGCCACCUGAGGGCCCCGCAAGUCCGGGACCCUUACAAGCACACAGACCCAGUCAGAGAGAUCUAUUGAUCUCUCUCCCCGGGUCUUUGCAGAGUUUGCGCAGCAGGAAGAGGAGGAGGCUCUCUGCCUUCACCUCCGCGCUGAGUCCCAGCUUUUCGAGUGUUGCCACGGUAACCACAGCAACGCUCCAUUCCACGUGGUGCCGGGACUUGCGGGAAGAGCCUUCACCUGGCAGAGGUGAAGGCAAAGAGCCUCUGCAGCACCACUGGACCACCAAGGAAUUUGCUGCCCCCUCCCUGGAUGCUGGUAGGACACUGGAUGGGGGAGAUAUACUAAAUAAUUGA